CAAAGGCUUACAAACUGAUUGGCUGGUGCUUGGUGGUCUCCGGUGUCGCCUGGCUCUUACAGCCAAGCCUCUAUUCAUAUGUAAAUUAGCCCCUAUAAAUACGUACUACAAUCGUCUAACUCAAUCGUGCACGACUCGUAAAGAGUACACAAUAAACGCCUGGCCUGUUUGCCUUAAGUGUGUGGAUUUUUUGAAACUGGCACCGCCUGCCAUCUGCCCUCUUCAAGAAUCGUGACGUGACAGUGCAACAAAGCCACAGCUUUCCGAACUGUGUGGGUUGAAACCAAUAUGGCACCCUCAUCCCGACUCAGCAAAAACGAAUGUAGCAGGGAUGAAGAUGAACACUACGGUAUUAAAGGAGACAGAAAGACGAGAAAACCCUUGGUGGAGAAAAAGAGGCGAGCUCGUAUCAAUGAAAGUUUGCAGGAGCUCAGGGCUUUGCUGACGGACACAGACGUCCAGUCAAAGAUGGAGAAUGCAGAAGUUCUUGAAAUGACUGUGAAACGAGUUGAACAAAUUCUACAGAAUCGAUCUCAAGAAGUGGACACUAUGAAUCGGGAAGCGAGCGAGAGGUUUGCGGCUGGCUACAUUCAAUGUAUGCACGAGGUACACACAUUCGUGUCCAGCUGUCCUGGGAUUGAUGCGACAGUGGCUGCCGAACUCCUCAACCACCUCCUGGAAUGUAUGCCAUUGAACGAGGACCACUACCAGGACAUGCUUGUGGAUUUAAUGUCUGAGACUUCCAGUAAUGGCAGCACUUGGUCAGCGAGUGAAGGGAGUUACACAGCGCUGUUAUCACCAGGGGGUCGGAGUGUGUCCAGCUCCACCUCAUCGGCCCUUUCACCGGCACCCUCCACCACGACCAGCGAGGAUCUCUGUUCUGAUCUGAACGAUACUGACAGUGAUCACAGCCACAUUUCUCCCGAGGCUGCCGAGAACCCAGAGGUCCACAACAUGGCCACAACGACCUAUUCCGUAGGCCUAUCUAUGUGGAGACCGUGGUAAAUCGAGAAUCGGGGUCUUGUCCUCGAGAAUGAUUUCGGAAUAGUUAUGCAUUUCAGUUGGAUUGCAGUUAAAAAAAAAAGUGUGAUGGCAAGACUAUGAGAAGCGAACAGCACUGUUAUCCUCUGCGUAUCCCAUUUAGGCCAGUCCCAUAGACGGGACUCGCCCGUCUGUCUGUUUUGUGAAUAACUUGUCUAUUCACAAGGGACACCGCAAAAAAAGCUCUUUUUUAAAAAACAGAACCGAGGUUUUCUGCCACGCAAUUCACUGAAGACUUUAAACAUUACAGAGAUUAUAAAAAGGCUUAUAACUCCGCAUGUACAUUUAGGUGUAUAUAUUUCCAUAUUAUAGUGAGAUUUUCACAAGUUAAUUGGGCGUUGCUACCUUCAAUGAAGGGAGGGUAAAUUAAAUUAGAAAUGUAAUAGGAUAGUUGUUGCCCACAUGUUUAAAUUGCUCUUGAUAAUGCAGUGCCUAUGUUGUAUAUUUUGUGACUUAACCGACCGAUGUGUUAGCUUUUUUAAUAAACAAUAUAUUAAUAAAAGAACAUUUGCAGUUUAAUGCAUAAAUAAUGUGAAUUUAAUGUCAAUGUUUGUGUGUGUGUCCUAGACUAGCCCUAUACUAGAAUGUUUCUACAAGUGAACUUGUCUCCAUUGUCGCCUGUAUCGUCUGUUAACCGAUGCGAUGUGACCUCAGAUUGUAUCAAGUUCUUGUUUUCAACCCAUUAAAUGCAUAACGAUUUCGCCCAACACUGGGUUCUGCCUAAUCAGAAUUUGUUUUGCACAUGAACUAACUGAAGACGUUUGAAUAAAAAGUACUUUAAGCGCUA